AUGUGGAUUCAAGCUCAGGACCAGGAAAACAAAGACGUUCAUGGAUCUGCUUGUCUGGAGGUGGAUGAUCAGAAUGGAGCAGAGCAGGGAGACUCUGACCCUGCCCAGCCAGCUACUGGACCUCUAGCACCUAUUGGACCUCUAGCAGCUACUGGACCUCUAGCACCUAUCGGACCUCCAGCAGUUACUGGACCCUCAGCAGUUACUGGACCUCUAGCAGCUGCUAGAACUCCAGCAACUACUGUACCCCUAGCAGCUACUGGACCUCUAGCAGCUACUGGACCUCUAGCACCUAUCGGACCUCCAGCAGUUACUGGACCUUCAGCAGCUACUGGACCUCUAGCAGCUACUGGACCUCUAGCAGGUACUGGACUUCUAGCAGCUAUUGGACCUCUAGCAACUACUGGACCUCGAGCAGGUAUUGGACCUCUAGCAGAUACUAGACCUUCAGCACCUAUCGGACCUGCAGCAGCUUCUGGACCUCCAGCAGCUACUGGACCUCUAGCAGCUACUGGACCUCUAGCAGCUACUGGACUUCUAGCAGCUAUUGGACCUCUAGCAGAUACUGGACCUUCAGCAGCUACUGGACCUCUAGCACCUAUUGGACCUCUAGCAGCUACUGGACCUCUAGCACCUAUCGGACCUCCAGCAGUUACUGGACCUUCAGCAGCUACUGGACCUCUAGCACCUAUCGGACAUCCAGCAGCUUCUGGACCUCCAGCAGCUACUGGACCUCUAGCACCUAUUGGACCUCUAGCAGCUACUGGACCUCUAGCACCUAUCGGACCUCCAGCAGUUACUGGACCCUCAGCAGCUACUGGACCUCUAGCAGCUGCUAGAACUCCAGCAACUACUGGACCUCUAGCAGCUACUGGACCUCUAGCAGCUGCUAGAACUCCAGCAACUACUGGACCUCUAGCAGCUACUGGACCUCUAGCAGCUACUGGACCUCUAGCAGCUACUGGACCUCUAGCACCUAUCGGACCUCCAGCAGUUACUGGACCUUCAGCAGCUACUGGACCUCUAGCAGCUGGUAAAACUCCAGCAACUACUGGACCUCUAGCAGCUACUGGACCUCUAGCAGCUACUGGACCUCUAGCAGCUACUGGACCUCCAGCACCCAUCAGACCUCCAGCAGCUACUGGACCUUCAGCAGCUUCUGGACCUCGAGCAGCUACUGGACCUCUAGAGGCUGCUAGAACUCCAGCAACUACUGGACCUCGAGCAGCUAUUGGACCUCUAGCAGAUACUAGACCUUCAGCACCUAUCGGACCUGCAGCAGCUUCUGGACCUCCAGCAGCUACUGGACCUCUAGCAGCUCCUGGACCUCUAGCAGCUACUGGACCUCUAGCACCCAUCGGACCUCUAGCAGCAGUUACUGGACCUUCAGCAGCUACUGGACCUCUAACAGCAACUGGACCUCGAGCAGUUACUGGACCUUCAGCAGCUACUGGACCUCUAGCAGCAACUGGACCUCGAGCAGCUACUGGACCUCUAGCACCCAUCGGACUUCCAGCAGCUACUGGACCUUCAGCAGCUACUGGACCUCUAGCAGCAACUGGACUUCGAGCAGAUACUGGACCUUCAGCACCUAUCGGACCUCCAGCAGCUUCUGGACCUCCAGCAGCUACUGGACCUCUAGCACCUAUUGGACCUCUAGCAGCUACUGGACCUCUAGCAGCUGCUAGAACUCCAGCAACUACUGGACCUCUAGCAGCUACUGGACCUUCAGCACCCAUCGGACCUCCAGCACCAAUCGGACCUCCAGCAGCAACUGGACCUUCAGCAGCUUCUGGACCUCUAGCAGCUGCUAGAACUCCAGCAACUACUGGACCUCUGGCAGCUACUGGACCUCUAGCACCCAUCGGACCUCCAGCAGCUACUGGACCUUCAGCAGCUUCUGGACCUCGAGCAGCUACUGGACCUCUAGCAGCUGCUAGAACUCCAGCAACUACUGGACCUCGAGCAGCUAUUGGACCUCUAGCAGAUACUUGA